GCCACUUUGUUUAUGUUUAUAUUUCUGCUUGGCUUGUGCAUUCCUGUACACAAUUUUCCCGCCAAUUGGUUAAAAAACCCGUAAUUUACGAUGAGCGACAAAGUAAAAUCUCGUCGAAAACGGGCAUCAAGUGAUCCGGAAGUGGAAGAACAUAACGAUGAUGCAAAACAAUCACCGGAACAUCCAGAACCUCCGGAAGAUAAAGACGCCGAAGGUGAAGAUGACGACGGUGGUUGGAUAGGACCGAUGCCAUCGGCUGCGGCACAACCCAAGAAAAGGAAAGUGCUGGAGUUUGAGAAGCUUUACAUCGAAAAUCUUCCGGAUGCGGAGUGCUACGAGAAGUCGUUCAUGCAUCGCGACACCAUCACGCAUCUGGUAGUGACGAAAUCGGAAUUUAUCGUCACCGUCAGCGUGGAUGGGCACGUAAAGUUUUGGAAAAAGAUGGAGUUGGGUAUCGAAUUCGUGAAGCAUUUCCGUAGCCAUCUGGCUCCGAUUAACUAUCUCGCGACGAACUGUAGUGGCACCUACCUUUGCACGGCUUCGGUGGAUAAGAGCAUCAAGGUGUUUGACGUGAUUAACUUCGAUAUGAUCAAUAUGCUAAAGCUGGAGUACGUCCCGUAUAGGGUGGAGUGGAUUCAUCGGAUGGGUGACGUGAUUAGCUAUUUAGCAGUGGCGGACCAAGACUCGCCGGUUAUUAGAAUCUACGAUGCGAAAGGAACCAACACCCCACUGCACACGCUGGAAAAGCUGCACACCAAACCCGUUGUGAUGAUCCGGUACAAUCCCUCCUUCGAGGUAACCAUUUCCAUCGAUAAAGCUGGAAUACUGGAGUACUGGUACGGGCCACGGCAUGAUUUUAAGUUCCCGUCGAAGAUCGUACACUUUGAGUCGAAGCUCGACACUAGCCUGUACGAGUUUGCGAAGAACAAAACCACUGUCACUUCGUUAAGCUUUGCGCCCGAUGGGAAAAAGUUUGCCACCAUGUCCACCGACCGGCAGGUGCGUGUGUUUGGGUUUCUUAGCGGCAAGCUGCUGCGUGUGUACGACGAAAGUUUGGCCCGGUACAGCGAAAGUCAGCAGCUGUCGCAGACGCUGUCGAACAUGGAAUUUGGACGCCGGAUGGCAAACGAGCGUGAUUUGGAAAAGUCGGACGCAUUCGCCAACAUGAACGUGACGUUCGAUUACAGCGGACAUUUCAUACUGUACCCAACCAUGCUCGGCAUUAAGCUGGUUAACAUUGAGACGAACCGAUGUGCAAAGAUUAUCGGAAAGAAUGAUAAUUUACGGCCGCUUAAUUUGGCACUGUUUCAGGGAAAGGUGAAGUUUUCGAAAGCAGCUACCACACUGGAGCAGGAAGCGUCGGAUAAUAAGGCGGCCCAGGCAGUACCGAACGAUCCAACGCUGUUUUGCACGGCGUACAAAAAGCAACGAUUCUACCUCUACACGAGACGAUUGCCAUCCGAUUUGCAAGACAUGGAGCGCGACGUGUUCAAUGAGAAACCUUCGAAGGAAGAUAUCAUCUCCGUUACCGAAGGACAGGGUGUUCAAAAGAUCUACGAUAAUGCGGUUCUGCACACGACAAUGGGAGACAUCCACAUGCGCCUGUUUGGCAAGGAGUGUCCUAAAUCGGUGGAAAACUUCUGCGUACACAGCAAGAACGGUUAUUACAAUGGCCAUCUGUUCCAUCGUGUGAUCAAGGGCUUCAUGAUUCAAACGGGUGAUCCGACGGGUACCGGCACCGGUGGCCAAUCGAUCUGGGGUGGAGAAUUUAAGGAUGAGUUUUGCUCAACGCUGAAGCACGAUCGACCGUACACGGUGAGCAUGGCGAACGCGGGUCCGAACACGAACGGAAGUCAAUUCUUUAUCACGGUGCUGCCUACGCCCUGGCUGGAUAAUAAGCACACGGUGUUUGGACGUGUGCACAAAGGCAUGGAAAUUGUGCAGAACAUUUGCAAUGCCAAGACGAACCCGAAAACCGAUAAACCGUACGACGAAAUUCGGAUCAUUUCCAUCAAUUUGUCUUAAUAGGAACGUAGGAAAAGACAUGAACAAUAAAACCUCUUAACGGCUAUAAAUGCUUAAACGAAA